GUGUAGGUUGGCCGCCGCAUCUUCCUUUCACCGCACCUCCUCCGCCUUCUUCAACAUCAUUGCUACUGCAAGAAAAGACACCGCCAACUUUGUGUCACAAUCAAUCUUUCAUCUUUCAUCGCCAGUCACUUUUCCCUUCCGGAUCUGUCGGAUCACUGCAGAAAAAGAGAUUUAAAGAGCCAUGGCUAUCGGGACGACUGGCUGCGAGGCUUACAACCCAUUGCAAAGAACUGCCUACGGAUAUGUGCCCUCGCUCGCUGCCGGAAUCGUCUACUGCGUCCUUUUCGGACUGUCCAUGUUCUUCCAUGUCUUCCAGGCCAUCAAGACAAGAGCGCUCUGGAAUCUGGUAUUCGCCAUCGGCUGUUUGACCGAAGUACUUGGUUGGGCUGCUCGAUCUUGGUCAAAUGAAUGUCCAUACAACGCAAACGCUUUCCUGAUGCAGAUCUGCACCUUGAUCAUUGCACCUACCUUCUUCACCGCCGGAAUCUAUGUCAUCCUGGGUCGCAUGAUCGCAAUUGCUGGCCCUGGAGUCAGCCCCAUCGGACCUACCUGGUAUCUCUGGAUCUUCUGCACUGUCGAUGUCAUCUCUCUCGUCAUUCAAGCUGUUGGCGGAGGUUCUGCUGCCGUUGCCUUCAACUCGACUCCACCUGGGAACACCAAGGUUGGCACCAACAUCAUGGUCGCUGGUAUCGACUUUCAACUCGCCUCGGUCGUCAUCUUCAGCGUCCUCUUCUUCUUGUUCCUCUACAGAGCCGCUGUAAAGCUGAGCCUUCCCGCUUUCAAGAAUGAUAAGGACAUGAAACUUCUGGUCUUGGUCACCUCCUUCUCGAUUCUUUUGAUCAUCAUGAGAAGCAUCUACCGUACUGUCGAACUUGCUGGCGGCUGGAGUGGCCAUGUCAUUGAGACAGAACGAUACUUCCUCGCCCUUGACGGCGCACCCAUGGCGGCACUUGUCAUAGCAUUUAACAUCCUGCAUCCAGGAGUUUUGAUCAACCGUGUCAUGGCUCACAACGGUGUUAGUAUGGCCGAGAAGCCCUCGAAGAGGUCGAGCAAAUCGAGCAACCACGACAUUCCGUUGUCGCAGGAAUCUGCUUGAAGGUUCAGGAUCGACGACUACGAUACACACGCCUUCCCUCCAACUGCAGUUUUCUUUGUUGUAUAUAGCGAAUACCCCCUUGCUUUUGGCUGCCGUAAUCACCUUUCUCAAAUUCAUCUUCUCUUUCUCCC